AUGACAAGGCGCCAUCGCUGCCCUCAUAAACCCACAAGGAUUUAUGAUAAUGGACAACAGCCGUGCCUCACAACAGAGUAUGUGGAAAAAUAUCCCAAGUAUAGCAACAUCUCUCCUCCCUGGAGCCUUAAGCCGAAACAAGAGUACCAAGUGCAUCGUGGGAAAAUGGAAGGAAUGACAACAUUUAAAUCUGAUUAUUUACCAUAUGAUAUUGUGAAGCGACCUUUUCGGGUACAAGAAGAACAUAAACCAAAGACGGGAAAGAUAGAACUGGGAACCACAUACCAGAGAGAUUAUAAUGCUCAUAAAAUACAACCAGUGACAAUAGUAAGACCCCUAGAGAGAAAACACACUACAGGAGGAAAAUUGGAUACCAUACCAACCUAUCAAGAUGACUAUAGGUCAUGGGAAGUUCAAAGAAGGGAACCUAGUAAGGUGGAGCAUAUGUACCACCCCCCUACAGAGAAAUUUGGAAAUCCUACUACGUUUCAAGAUGACUUUGUUCCUAGGGAACUGAUUCCCAGACAAAGUUUUAAGCCUCCACGUGUAGCCAAGCUUUCAGAUGUGCCUUUUGAUAGUGCUACUAGUCAUCGCACUUCUUACAUUGCUCAUCAACUGGAACCAAAAUUCGUCAGAUCAAAAGAAGAGUACAAGCCAAGCAACCAACCCUUUGAAGAUCUCACAACCCACCGGAAUGAUUUUAAAGGGCUACCUGGGCAACUUGCAAAAAGCUGCAAGCCUGAAAAUGCAAAAGUUGGGUCCAGUGCUCAAUUUAAUGGAGUCACUGAAUUCCAGGAUCGUUUUCAGCCAUGGUUGGUGUCCUUGCCCGAGGUCCGUAAAACAAAAGAGUACGUGCCACCCCCAGGCAACAUGGAUUUUAACUCCAUGAGCCAUCUUGAUUACAUUAAGCAUGAGAUUUCUCCUGCUGUCCCCGUAAGACCCGUUUCUAAUAGAAGAACCACCAAUGCCCCUUUUCAAGGGAAUACUACUACGAAAGAAGACUUUAAAGCUUGGAGCAUCUGUCGGCAAGAGACUACUAAGAAACAACAGGAAAUUCCAAACCCCACGGGCAAGUUUUAUGAUUUAACUACGUUCAAGUCUCAUUACAUACCCCAUCAGAUCAUUCCGGUUCAAAGUUUCAAACCUGCAUGUGCUGUAGUUCCUAAUUCAGCUCCCUUUCAAGAUGAAACAAUUUAUCGCACAGAAUAUACUCCAAAGAAACAAGAUAUCUGCCCAGCAAAUUACCCAUCUCCUCCAGGUUAUGUCUAUGUAAACACAGAUUCUCAUGGUCACAAAUUCUUCCGCCAGCUUACUCCGGAAUUUUCCAAGUCCAAUAGUAAUCCUAUUCCAAAGGAAGUAGCUGUUGUGUCAUAAUACUUAAAUGCAUUAUUUCAAGCACCCUGGUAAAAUAAUUGGAAUCCUUCUUGUUGUUUCUUGAAUAACACUGAAAGCAAAUUAAAUAAUGCAAAGUCUGCUUUUAAAAGCAUUGCAACUAACAGCUUGAAGAAAAUCAAAGCGAAGCCAGAAGUUUAUUACAAGACUAAUAAAGAUUUGCCAAUUUUCCUAAGAAUAAUGCAUUUCACAUGGCAUCUAUUCUUUUUUGAUUGUGCAUUCUAGUUUUCUUGACUUCACAGAUUUCAUUAUGCUCUAUCUCAAGCAUAUGUAUUGUACAUUUAAUUUUCUGCAUCUGCAAAUCAAAUAAUUGUAUUUGUGACACAGCAAGUAUCUUAUGAUCACAACUUUGUUUUCAUAGUAAGCAAAUCAUGCUAUAAUAAUUAAAUAAUUAGCCCAUCAGUCCAGUCUCUUCAAUAAUUUGAGGAAUCUGAUAAGGUUUUUUCCUUUGUCUUUUGCUGCCCAAACCAUAAGAUAGCAUUCUGUGAUACCUAGGCCUUUCUAAAAAACUGGUUUUAUCUUUACUCAUCAUUACUUUUCCUUCAUUCCGUUCUGAUGAGAGUAUAAAGGUCACACUACAAUUUCUGAUAGCAAUUAACAAGAAGUAACCUUGUUCUUUUUCUGUACACAUGCUUGAAAUCACUCAGACAUAAAGGGCAGGUCAUUAAACUGCCUCCUAAUUUCCUUAAUAGUGCUUUUUCAGCCUUACUACCAAAGGAAAAAAAGCUGAUGCAAAGCUAAGUAUGUGUUCUCCCCACCCAAGAAAUUUUUAAACCCAGUGUGCAAAUUCAACCAAAUUUCACAAAGAGAUUUCAACAACGAUUGUUUUUCGAGUUGCAAGGCAGAUGGUGAGGAAGCAGAGAGAAUCAGGGCUCAAAAAGUUAACAUCCAUCCACCGCAGUUUUUGCUGUCUGAUUUUUAAAGCUAAACAGCCAGUUACCACGGCCAAAGCUCACUGCAGAGGCAGUCUGAAGGGCAAAAUGGCAGAAAACGAAAUGUGUAUGUGGAGAUAACAGAAAAUAGUGUAAACUCUGUUAAAAGAAGUAUCAGCCAAGAUGCAGAAAUCUCUAGAAAGCCUGGCUUCAGUCUGCCUGCUCUCCAAAUAAUUGCUUGUUACAAACACACAAAUUUUUAUACAAUUGUACAUGCAAUGAUUAUGCUUCUGUGUGAGAGACUUAGUCCUUUCUUUAUGUAUCUUCACCUGAUUUGGGGAAAUCAAGGUGAACAGAUUUCAGCCCUGUUCAUGAUUUAAGCAAGUCCCAAUAAACAGUUCCAUGAUCAACAGUACUAUCUUCUAUCACAGUACUCCAGUAUGAUUUUUUUCAGUAUUGCAUAUCUAGUAUUCAUUGGUAUAGAGCAGUUAUUUGGGUUCUGAAGAAAUACGUGUUCAUACCUCAUAAACCACCAAUAAAAGGACUAAGAUCAAUGACGGAAAUGUGUUGCAAGGAGCAACUGGAUUGUAUGCAAGGGAAGAAAGCUGAACUGAAUAUACAGGCUGUGCGUAAAAGCACUGCAUGAGGGAGCUCCAGACAUUAUUAGAGCAUCAGUUACUUUCAGGUAAUGUUUGCCUUUGUACUGUGUUUUUGUAACAUGACUUACUCUGUUAAUGAAGCGAUUCAAUUAAACUUUUCUCUCUGAAGAUUAUUCACGUCCCCUGCUGGUAAAGACAUAUUUUGGAUUGGGAGUGAACAAGGGUAAUGUAAAGUUGAGAUAUCCUAAAAGCGGGACAGGAAAAAAAAAACCCACAACAAUUCACUGGCAACCUUCUGUACCACAAAAGAAAACAAAGUACAAACACCCUUCUCUUUAUGAAACUUGAGU